ACUUUUGGCCAUCUCUCUCCUAUUGAUUUCUAGGCGACAUGGUGGGAGCCUCCCGUUUGGAAGAUUUAUGGAACGAAGAGAAUAGAUCUCAAAAGAGACACCGUUCUUCUCUAUCUUCCGGUGAUGGAAGAAAGAUAGUUGAUAAGAGACGCUCAGCGAUGCUGACGGAUCUUCAGAUUCUUGAUUGUCCCAUUUGCUACGAAGCAUUGACGAUUCCUAUAUUUCAGUGUGUUAAUGGACAUUUGGCUUGUUCUUCUUUCUGUCAACUGAGAAAUAAAUGUCCUGCAUGUGCUUUGCCUGUUGGACAUAUUCGCUGUAGAGCAAUGGAGAGUGUUCUUGAAUCAGUUUUGGUCCCAUGCCAAAACGCAAAUUUAGGUUGCACCAAGACCCAUGAGAAGUAUUGCUACUUCUCUUCAUGCUCCUGCCCUAUACAAGUUUGCAAUUAUACUGGCUCAUACAAGGACCUAUACGAGCACUAUGAUCGUACUCACCAAAUAAGCAGCGCGAAUGAUAGGUUCAGAUGUGGCGUUUCCUAUAUGGCCGUGAUGAUGUUCAUCAGCUAAAAGAUACUAAUUAUAAGGGUAUAUGAGAAGAAACUAUUGUUUGCAGUGCAAUGUUUCGAGGAGCCAUUUGGUGUUUAUGUAACUGUAAGCUGCAUUGCACCAUCUGCUCCAGAAGUAGGAGAGUUCUCAUAUCAUCUCUCCUACACUACUGAGGAUGAACACACUAUGACUUACCAAUCACCAAAGGUGAAAAAGGUUCUUAAAGUGAGCUCCCAAAGACCUAAAGAGAGUUCCAUAUUGAUCCCUCACAAUUUGAUACGUUAUCAAUUGUUAAUUAUGAAGCUUUGCAUCAAUGAGUUGAAGCAAGAGUAA